AGGAGGAGGAGGAGGAGGAGGAGGAGGAGUUGGAGUUGGAGGAAGACAGGUUAAAGAAACAUUAGUUUACAGCCAAGCAGUGACAGGUGAGCUCCUCCUUUGCACUGGGACACUGAUCAGAGACGAGCUGGACAUGGCCGGGUACAAGCCGAGUGUGAUAUGUCUGACCAAGAGGCAGGGUCAUACAUUUGGCUUCUACUUGAGGGUGGAGCAUGGUGAGGAGGGGCACCUGAUCCGCUGCCUGGAAAUGGGAGGUCCAGCUGAACUGGCCGGCAUGAAAGAUGGAGGUCGCAUCCUGCGGGUCAAUGGAACAUUUGUUGAUGAACUGCCCCAUUCAGACGUGGUGGACAUGGUGAGAAACAGCGGACCAACAGUCACAUUCCACAUCCUGGAUGAAGCCUCCUAUGUGCAAGCUAAGGCACAGGAAGUGAACCUGUCCGACCCUCAGAGCACACCAGUGGCCAAUGGGGUUUCCAAACAGGAUCUAAAACCCAAACUGUGCUACCUGGUGAAGUCCAGCUCAGGCUAUGGGUUUUCCCUUCGGUCAGAAAAAAGUGAGCCGGGUCUGUUCAUGACAGAGGUGAUGCAAGGAAGUGUGGCUGACAGGGCGGGGGUCAACGUCAAAGACCGCCUGCUGGAGGUCAACGGGGAGAGUGUGGAAGGCGCCACACACGAGCAAGUAGUGGAGAAGAUCAAGCUGUCCGGCGGCAGCAUCAUGUUCCUGCUGGUGGACGAGGAAACAGACAGGCAAUACCAGAACAAGAAGAUAGGAGCGUGGUUAGCCACAGCCAAGCACCUCCCACACCAACCACGCAUCGCCGACAUCACCAAAGGACCGGAUGGCUAUGGCUUCCUGCUCAAGGAGGACAUCAACCAAAAAUGCCACUUCCUGAGGGACAUAGACAGAGACAGCCCAGCAGAGAGGGCAGGUGUGAAGGAAAUGGACCGACUAGUAGCUGUGGACGGCAAGGAGGUGGAAGAAUGCAACCAUGGGCAGGUGGUGGACAUGAUCAGGCAGAGUGGAAACAAAUGCUGCUUUCUAGUGGUGGAUAAAGACACAGACCAAAUGUAUAAGCAGGGGAAAGUGUCUCCUAUGCUCUUCUUGGAGGAAACGAGAGAUUCAAGCUCACCUCCGAGUUACAGAGAAGCCCUGAAUUUACCUGCUCCUGUGCGGCCAUCCACACCUGUUCAGGCGAAGGACGAGGAGCUCAAGCCUAAACUGUGUAGGAUGGAGAAAACCCCGUCUGGCUACGGCUUCCACCUGAACGGCAUCGUGGGGGUGUCUGGACAAUUCAUCAAGGAUGUGGUUGGCGGUGGAGCGGCUGACAGGGCGGGUCUGCAGGAGGACGACAUGGUGGUGGAGGUGAACGGAGAGAAUGUGGAGCAGAGCAGCCACGACGAGGUGGUGGCACUGAUCCGCAGCAGUGGCAGCUCUCUGGAGAUGCUGCUGGCUAACAAGAGCGUCUAUGACCAACUCAAAGCUAAAGGAGUGUCCAUCACACGCCUGCUCCUCGGGGAAACUUCUUAUGCCCAGGUCCACACUGCAGACACUCCAGAGGAGGAAGAGAAACAUGAAGAGAAGGCCAGACCUGAGAGCCCACCUGAACAAGAACGAGAGAGGGCUAUAUCAUCUUCAUCUCAAGACAGUCUCGAUGAGAAACUCUGAGAAGCCACCAAAAGGACACGCUCUCCGAUUUGUCAAUCUAAUGUUGAUCCAUCGUUGUUUUAAACAAUCAACUCUAGGGGCUUCACACAUUGAUAUUACAGAAGGACAGUAAAGACUUUUGAAAUUCAUCGUCAAUAUCUCAACCAUGUAAAAAGUGUUCUUGAAUACCUUUUGUUCUUCCCAUGAUGCGAAUAGUAGAUCUAGCAUUUUUGUUAUUGAGCAUGUGCAAUGAUCUUACUAACGAGUCAUGUCUGGCAAAACUUAUGUUACCAAGAUAUCUAAGCUAACAAUAUUGCCAGAAAACACUCUGGCGUUUAAUGUAUUAUUUUCUCUGUGCAAAGAUCUGCCUUUAUUAAUUUAAUGUCGAAAUAAUUAAACAUUAUUGUUUUCCGAGUUCUACAAUUAAAUUAAAUGAAUUACAAUUUCCAUGAACACAAAUAAAUGAACACAAACUAUGUGAAUUAA